CCAUAUAUUAUAAUGUAUCAUGUUUUGACAUUGUCUAACUUAAUCGGACAUUUCAGGUAGUUGUGUGAUGGAUGGAUGGAUCCAAGGAUCUCUAGCCCGUGUAAAACUGCAGAACUUUGUGACCUAUGAAUCAGUUGAAUUUAAGACAGGCCCACAUUUGAACAUCAUAAUUGGUCCGAAUGGCACUGGUAAAAGUUCUAUUGUCUGUGCACUCUGUUUAGGCCUUGGUGGAAAGACUAAUCUUCUUGGUAGAGCUAGAGAAGUCGGAGAAUUUGUAAAACAUGGAGCAGACCUAGCAAUUAUUGAACUGGAGCUGUAUAACAAGGAUGGCCUGAAUUACACAAUCAAAAGGAUGAUAACCCGUGACAAUAAAUCAGACUGGCAAAUAAAUAAGAAACCUGUUAAUUUGAAAGAGGUCACUAGCCUGGCCAAAAAGUUAAACAUUGAUGUCAACAAUUUGUGUCAGUUUCUUCCUCAAGAUAUGGUAGCAGAAUUUGCUAAGAUGACUCCUCCCCAGCUGUUAGAAUCAACUGAGCGUGCUGUUGGUGGACAAGAACUUGUUGAACUUCAUCACAAGCUUAUCUCCCUCAAAAACGAGCACAAAUCUAUUAUCACAUCUCAAGCAUCUAAGGAAGAAUAUUUGGAUAAACUAAUGAAGCGCAAUGAUUACCUUAAGGACAUAGUCAGCAAGCAUGAGGAAAGAAGCAACCAUUUGAAAAAGAUAGAAGUGUUGCAACUUAAACGACCUUGGCUUGUCUAUGAAGUGGCAAGGAUUAAUUUUCAGAAACUUCGUGAGGGAAAACAGGCAUUGCAGAAUAGAGUCGAAGUUUUAAAAGAUUCUGCCAAGCCUCUAGAGGACUUGUUAGAGGAUAAACGCAAUAAGCAGGUUGAGGUUGAAAAUACAAUCAAAUUGAUGACCAAUGAAUUGAACAAGAUCAACUCUAAUAUCAAGUCUGUUGAGAGUUCUCUUAGUUCUAAUAAAGAAAAACUAGAUGAAAUCCUUGAGGAGUACAACAGCAAAGUUGCUGAAACUGAAACCAGAACAACUAAAAUAAAUCAGCUCACCAAUGAAGUUAAUGCUUACAAAGCUGAGCUUCAUGAUUUGCAAUCUGCUCAGGAUCUUAAAGUUCGCCGUGAUAGCCUUAUCACAGAAUGUAAAAGCAUAGCAAUAGAGUUGGGACAGCUUGAAUCCACCCUCAAUGAAUUGACAAUCGAAGAGCAGUCCAGAAAAUCUAAGCACAGAGGCAUAAAUAAUCAGAUUCAGAAGCUUAAUGACAUCAGUAACCAGAAAAUGGAAAAUCUAAGAAGAUAUGAACGAGAUACCUUUAAUGCUGUUGAAUGGCUCCGGCAAAAUAAAGGGAUGUUCCAGGGAGAAGUUUUAGAACCAUUUCAGCUCAUCAUCAAUGUGCCUAACACAGCAAAUGCAAAGUACAUUGAGAGCAUAAUUUCAAGGAAUGAUAGAAAAGCUUUUAUAUUUGAACGAUCAGACGAUUUAAACUUAUUCAUGAAGGAGCUUAGGGAUAAACAGAAACUCAACAUCAAUGCUGUGAUUGCCCCCAAAGAAGAAAACUUUCAAUCUAACUUAGAUGUAAACAAGCUGAAAUCAUUUGGUUUUCUUGGUUACUUGGUAGAUUUUAUUGAAUGUCCACCUCUUGCUAAAAGAUAUCUCUGCAAGUACUAUAGAAUUCAUACUGUUCCGAUUGGCUCAGCAGCUGUUGAUAAGCAUAUUGAUAAGAUCAACACAGUUAUUACCCAAGGUCUGUACUUCACUCCAACUCAUCGGUACCAGAACAGCAGAUCAAGAUACUCUAACGACACGAUAUCCUCUAUCAGCCAGCUGAGAGGUGCUAAGAUAUUCAGUAUGACAGUUGACACAAAUCAGAUCCAGAGGCUGCAAACAGAGCUGACAGCAAUCCAACAGGAGUCUGAUGAGGCAAAGACUCGCUACAAUGAGGUUAAAGCCGAGCAAGAGCAGUUACGAAUAAAAGAUCAAACUCAUCGAGAUGAGAAAAACAAGAUCCUCCACUUGAUACGACACAGGGAAACAAUCGAUGACAAAAUAAAGAACAGAGCGUUCAAGAUUGCAGAGCUAGAAAACUCUUCCAUCAACUUAGAGGAGGAGAAAGCUAAAUGUGCCCAAAAGUCGCAGCAGAUUUUGCUGAAAUGUACUUCGCUACAGAAGAAAAUGUACACUCUCUACAUUGGCUUUGAAUCGAAGCUAAACGAGAAAAACGAGACCACAAUUCAGAAAAUAGAGGUUUCUCUGGAAGUAUCAGACGCCGAGGAACAACUUCAGUCCAGUACACAGGAACUGCAAGAGGCCAAGGAAAAGCUGGAUAAUCACACCGACCAGAUCAAAAAACAGCGGGAUCACGCAAGGGAAUUGUUGGAGGAGGCUAAAGCUGCUUGUGGUCUCGACAGAGAUAAUCUUCCGAACAAAUACAAGAAUAUGUUCAAACAGUAUCCGUGUUCUGAUGUAAACGAUCUAGAUCAGCAACUGAAUGAAGCACGUGCUCUAGCUGAGUGCAGCAAUGAAGUAGAUCCUCAGGUGAUAACUGAGUAUAAGAACAGGAAAAGGGAGAUAGAAACCGAAGCUCAGGAAGUUGAAGUUAACCAAGAAAAACUCUCAGAAUUCGACAAACAAAUCAACGUUGUCCGUGAGAAGUGGUACGGUCCCGUCACCACGAUCGUCGACCAGAUCAACGGCAAAUUCCGAUCAUUCUUCGCACGGCUGAAAUGUGCUGGUGAAGUUAUACUCUCAGAACACGAGGACUACGACAAGUGGGGUAUCGACAUCAGGGUCCAGUUCCGUAACAGUGACGACAUGAAAAGACUUACCUCCUCAUAUCAGUCAGGCGGAGAGAAGUCCGUGUCUACAAUUCUCUACCUACUUUCCCUGCAGGGGCUCACAGACUGUCCCUUCAGGGUGGUGGAUGAGAUAAACCAGGGUAUGGAUCCUAAGAAUGAACGGAAGGUGUUCGAGAUGAUGGCCCACGCUGCCACCAUAGCUGGAACAUCUCAGUAUUUCCUGAUCACACCCAAAUUGUUGCCCGACCUUGAAUAUAACGAUAAGAUGAAUAUUCUAAGUAUUUUCAAUGGUCUUGGUUUGGAGAAUGCCAACGCUCUGGAUGAUUCGUUUGUUGUUGAAAAGGUGAUUGAGAACAAUCGCAUAAGGAUGUCUCAGUUGGUGCAUUGAUGUGUAGUUGACCAACACGUAUUGCCCUGUAAUUGAUUUGUGAUCUUUACCUCUGGUACCUAUUUUUGAAUUAAUUCUCGGCAGACUGAGACAUUGUUCACCUUUGAUUGGAGCACUUUUGUUUUCUACUUUGUUUUUCCCCUUUCAUGUCAGAUAUAAUAUUGUCUGCUACGGCAACUACCGCCGAUUGACUGUAUUUUAUUUUUAAUGUAUUUAAAUUUUACAUAAAUAUUUUGUAAAUUAUGCUACAAGUUAUGAUGAAAUUUCGUCAAUUUUAAUCAUCACACAAUUUUUAUUCUGUUAAUUCUUGUUUUAUCUUUAUGGCUGAAAGCAAUGAUAUGAUGUGUCGUUAGCAUUUGAGUUUUAUAUCUCAGAAAAGAAAUGCGAAUAUGCCCAAUUUUACUAACUUUUAUUAAAUGUAUUUUAUGAAUAAUCGCAUCACCAUUCACCAAAGCUUUGGUGAGGAACUUGAUUUGUUAAUGACUGAUUUUCUAUUCGUAUGUUAUUGGGAAUCAGGAAAUUUGAUCAAAAUUGUUGUUACUGUAUUAUAUUAUCACAGUUAAGACGUUUUUAUUUUCUGUUUGCAUGCUCUAUGCUAUCUUUAAUUACCCUUUGUUUUUGGUAACUUCUGAAAAUAACAAAUUUAACUCUCAGUAUAGCUCAAGAUGGUGUCUCCCCUCGUCAAACCCAGGAUCGUCAAAAAGAGAACAAAGAGGUUCAUCAGGCAUCAGUCCGACAGGUACUCCAAGCUCUCCAAGAGCAGCUGGAGGAAACCCAAGGGAAUUGACAACAGGGUCAGGAGACGUUUCAAGGGACAGUUCUUGAUGCCCAGCAUCGGAUAUGGCUCCAACAAGAACACAAGGCACCUCAUGCCCGACGGUUUCCUUAAAUUCGUCGUUCACAACGUACCAGAUCUCGAACUUCUGUUGAUGCAGAACAAGAAAUACGCAGCAGAGAUUGCCCAUGAUGUCAGCGCCAAGAAGAGGAAAGAUAUCGUCGAGCGAGCACAACAGCUUAACAUCAAAGUCACCAACUGGCAAGCAAAAUUGAGAUCCGAAGAAGAUAAUUAAAUUUAUUAAGUUAUUUUUUAUCUAUCAAA